ACGUUGACAUUGCUUGUAAUGACAAAAACUCAAAAUUUUAGGAGAGUUCAGGUAAAAAUUCAUUAAAAAGUUCUUUGACAAGUCCUGAGAAUGUGCAGCCCUCCCUGUAACAUACCUAAAACUCCACCGGAAUGCGCCCGAUGUCCACCCAUGUGCUGCAGUCCGGGAAUCAGCUUCUGCAUCUUUGAUCUGGAGAGUGCCGUCUUCGAUACCCGUCACAUAUACAGGAGGGCCCUCCUGGAACUCGCUUCGAGCUAUAAUAGAAUAGUCCCAGAGCAUUUGCUGAUCCAAAGCGGACCAAUGGAAACGGGAGAGAUGGCCGAGUUGAUUUGCCGAAAAUGUAAACUUCCCAUCGGCUGGGAACAGUUUCGCUCUGAGCUAAAUGAACGAACCUCCGAACUGAUCGCGAAUCCACCUUUGAUGCCGGGAGUGGAGCGAUUGGUGACCCACCUGAGUAAGUGCUGCGUGGGACUGGGACUGGUCACCUCCUGCUCCGAGUCACUGUACUGCUCCAAGAUCCGCGGUCGGGAGCAGUUUUUCGAGACCUUCUGCACCGUUCUCUGUGCGGAUGAUACGGAGUUGCGGGCCUUCAAGCCGGAACCGGAUGUGUACUUGAUUGCCAUGGCUCGACUGGGAGACGCUGGCCCCGACUGCACCCUCGUUUUCGAUGGCACCGCCAAGGGCGUUCAAGCGGCCAGGGAUGCCCGUCUUCCCGUCGUGAUGCUGGCCGAACCAGAGCUGCCGUGCUGCUGGUCGGAAUUGGCCACUCUGCGCCUGGAGACGCUGGAGGAAUUCAAUCCGGAGGAGUUCGAUAUGCCGCCGUACAGCAGAACCGAGUCACCGGAGCCUCGUAAGUCACAGCGAUCGAGUCGCCGAAGCUCCCAGAAGUCUGGUGCUAGCCGAAGGAGCUCGGCACUGCAAAGAGAAGCGGAAGAGAAGGCGGCGGCCGAUGAGGAAGAGGAGGCGGAGGAGGGCGAGGAAGCGGCCUAGGUGACAUUGUCCAGGUAACAAGGGCAUUCGUGUUGUCAAUAUCAUUGGAAUUUUACCAAAAUUUAAAUUACAACGAAAAUAAAUCCAAUUUUACUUUACAAAA